AUGGCUCCAGAUCCCUGUGCUACACGGUGGAACUCCUGGUUCAGUGCGGUGCAAUACCACUCAGAGCACUUUAAACUCUACAAGGAGUUCAUAGAGAUGGAAAUAAAGGUGAGUGGCAGCAGUGCACCGCAGUCUGUGGAGAGACUCCAUGAGAUGCUACAGAAUGAAGACAUGGCUCAGUGUCUCCAGGUUCAGCUCAGCAUCAUGGCAGAUAAGUGUGAACGUAUUCUACAGCUACUUGACAUCUUUCAGAGCAGGAAACCUAUAACCACCAAGGUUUUUGACUACUUCGAGGAUCUACAGAUGAACUUUACUGCAAACAAGGAGUUACAGUAUGAAUCCUGUGCUGAGCACUUUGAAGGGCUUGAUGUCCAUCAUGCCACCAAAACACACAUCCUCAACUUAGUGCAUCUAGCGUACAGCAAUGCAGAGGAAAAACUCACGAAGUACAUGUCAGAGGGACAACCUGCCAUCAACUUCCUUCGAGAAGUCAGAGUGUUUGACCCUCGUUACAUUUCAUUCAUGGAGGACAGUGUUUCUGGCUACACACACAUCCCAGGCUUCAGUGCUGUCCCCAAUGAUGAGUUUGAUGCCUACUUCCAACGCCUGGGUCCAGCAGCACUCAAAGCGUCAGCAUGUGGAGUGGUAGAUCUAGAUGUGUUUUGGGAUGGGCUUCUCGAGAGACUUCCUGUCCUCAGUGCCUUAGCCAAACGAUACAAGGAUGUCAUCGUGAACUCAGCAGAUGCUGAAAGAAGCAACAGCCUUUACAAGCUUGUGCUAUCAAGCAGAAGAAGAUCAAUCACUAACAGCAACCUCAAAGCCUUGGUCUUCUUGUACCACAAUCAGCGACUCACUAGUGGAGUGUUUGAGAGGGAUGAGCUCAAGAUCGAUUUUGGGCCCGACUCUGAGGAUGAAGUGGAGGACAGCUUGGAUACUUAGGAAGUUAGCGUUGAAGAAUGAACUUGUCUUACCAUUCUAAUGAAUGAUUUGAUUGUUGACGUGUUUUAGUCUGCAUUUCAUAUGCUAUGUUGGAAGAACAUCCAGUUGGUUCAUAUUUGUUCACACUGGACAAUGUCAAGUUGAAUUUAAAAGAAAUGGGCUUUUUUUAUUUAAUGAAACAAUUUAUUUUAUUACAAGAUUAUUCUUUUUGAAACUUCUGUUAUGCGCAUUAAUUGUCAGGGCUGAAAAUAGCCUUUGCACUUUAUUCUAAUGCAACUGAUUCACUGCAUUUCAUAUUUUAUGUUGGAGGAACAUCCAGUUGGUUCAUACUUGUUUACACUGGGCAAUGUCAAGUUGAACUGAAAAGAAAUGGGCUUAUAUUUUUUGCCCAUGAGUUGUCAGGGUUGAAAAAUAGCCUUUGCACUUUAUUCUGAUGAGCAAAUAAAACAUGUUUUGCCAGAAUUUUUGAAUUCCUGUGCUUUGGGGGAGUAAGCUUGCAAAGAACACUUAAAAAAUUCAUAACAUGUUUGUGAAAUCAUAAGGUAAUGCAAUGCUGUUGAGAAAAAUCUGUCUAAAAAAUCGCAACUUUUCCCGCAACUUUUUGAAAAAGCUGCCGCAAAAUC